CCCGUUGUCAGUUUUGGGCGGGAGUCAUGGCGGGCAAGCUGGAUUCCAAGCCCUCUUCCUCUGUGUUCCAUCUCCCUUCGAAUUUCUUUCAUGCUUUUCGCCUGGUUCUUGACCUAGAAGAUGACGAUCAAAGCAGGCCAUCACCAUCAGACUCGAGCCAUGGCUUGCCCGGCCAUGUGCCAGAGGCCUCUGUAUCAGGGCUAGGGUUAUGGUUAGGGUUAGGGUUAGGGUUAGAGAGUAAUGGAAAGCAGGGGAUGAGGAGAUGGUCCUGUAACACCUGCAAGUCUGAAUUCGAGUCCCUCGAAGAGCAGCGAUCACAUUUUAAGUCUGAUAUCCAUCGAUUCAACGUUAAGUUAAGCUUGGCUGGGAAAAGCACGGUCAAGGAAGAAGAUUUUGAUGAGUUAGUUGGGGACUCUAUGUCUAGAGAUUAUGAAGUUUCUAGUAUAUCUGGUUCAGAAGAUGAGGGCGACAAGGAGCCUUCGCCAAAUGCUGGUACCUUCGAUGGCUUAGGGAAAGGCGAAAGAACUAAGCAAAGAAUUUUCACUAUUCUGAAUUCUGGAAAAACGAUUUCUAUUUGGAAAUGUUUGCUUUUGGGAGACCAUGAAGAUCUUUCAUAUGAGAAAAAUAAAUCUAUUUCCCCAGAAAAUGUUUGGUGUGCCAAAUCUUUGGGUGAAGAUGAGUUAAUUAAUAAAUUGCAACAUUUGGUAUGUGAACCUCGCAAUAAGACACAUUUGAGGAUUGUGCUGCUUGCAAGUGGUGGCCACUUCGCUGGUUGCGUUUUUGAUGGGGAUUCUAUUGUAGCUCAUAAGACAUUUCAUAGGUAUGUAGUGAGGGCAAAAUCUGGCAAAAAGCAGUCAUCUAAAGAUGGCACUGGUAAAGCUUCCAAAUCUGCUGGAGCGUCUCUUCGCCGAUAUAAUGAACUUGCAUUGAAGAAGGAAGUUCAAGAGCUACUUGCUUCUUGGAAGCCUUACUUUGAUGCAUCAGUGUGCAUUUUUGUUCAUGCUCCUUCAAAUAAUCGUCAGCUGCUUUAUGAUGGUGAAAACUCAAUUUUUGUUAUCUUUGAGCACCUUAUAAGGCGUGUACCAGUCACAGUCCGAAGGCCCACAUUGAAAGAAGCUCGACGUGUUUAUAGUCAAUUGACACAUAUAAUUUAUGUAACAGAAGAUCAGCGGGCAGAAAAUGACCAAAGAGAAGGAAUCAACUGAAGAAAAAACUGUAUCAUGCGAGAAAUAUCUGGGCAUACGGAAAAUACUGGUAAUUGUGAAGCGCCAAUUGAUAUCAAAUAUUUGGAGGGGUCCACUUCGGUCAAAAAUCAAGUCGUGGACACCUCGAUUUCAAACAAUGUGAGCAAUGGGGAACCAGAGUUAACACCCCUGCAUGAGGCAGCAAGCUCUGGCAAUGUGCAAAAAACCCUAGAGCUUCUUGAACUAGGAUGUGACCCAUGUAUUAGAGAUUCAAGAGGGAGAACACCAUAUAUGAUGGCCACAGAUAAAGAAGUAAGGAACAAUUUCAGAAGAUUUAUGGCUUUGAACCUUGAUAAAUGGGACUGGCAUGCGGCCAAUGUGCCUAGUCCACUGACUAAGGAAAUGGAGGAAUCUCAAGCAGCUAAACAGUCAGAGAAAGAUGCCAAGAGGAAAGCUAGAUCCAAGGAAUUGAAAAAGCUACGAAAAGCUAAAGAGAAAGCUCAGGCUCAGGCCCCAUCAGCAGCCCCUCCACAGAUUUCGACUGUUUCUGAUGGUCAUAUGGUUGUUUCCAUGCCGCAACAUAAAGGGGUAAAUGCACUCGUUUCUAGUAGUGGGGCAAAGUUGUCGCAAGAGGAAGAACUAAAGAGGGAGAGGGAAAUAGAAAGAGAAAAGAGGGCAGCCGCAGCUGAGAAGAGGAUCGCUGCUCAAAAGGGUGCUCUUGUAACCAGCUCAACUGCUAUUCCAGAUAGCAGCUUGGGAGCCAAAGGUAUGAUGAGUGAUGAAAAAUGUUCAUGUUGCAUGGCUUCCUUAGCUGGAAAAAUCCCAUUCCAUAGGUACAAUUACAAAUAUUGUAGUUGCUCAUGCAUGCAUGUGCAUAGAGAAAUCUUAGAGGAUGGAUAGCCAUCCCUCAUUCAUUUUCACCAUCUAAUGUACCUCUCUCUCUCUCUCUCUCUCUCUCUCUCUCUCUCUCUCUCUCUCUCUCUCUAGUUUAGUUCCUGCUAAGUUUUUUGGUUCAAGUUUAAUGAAUAUUGUUGCACAAAAAUGAAUAAACAUUUAUGAUCGUAUAUGAUGUUAAGAUGUAUAUGCCAUUAAUUAAAGUUGUUUA